GGAUUUUACAUCAUCCUUCUGUGUGACUUUGGAUGACAUGUCCUCCGUUUUUGGCACCACCUCUGCUACUCUCCGCCUCCCAUCUUUGUCAACCUCAAUGAUUGCAUGGGACCCAACUCCACACACCAGAACAUGUCCUGAGUCAGUCACACGGAGGCCAGGUGGGUAACCUUUCCAGUUCAGUGCAGGGUCAGUUAGAGUGGAGAUCACUUUGCCAUCCCUGGACAGGGUGACCAGCUGAUUGCUACGGAUGUUGGCCAAAUAUAUCCUGUCUCCAUCAUUAUUCACUGCACAGGAAGCAACUGUGGAAUGGAAGACAGUGAAAAAGAGGUGACUGCCUUUAUGGGCAAUACACAAACAUGGAUGUUCGAGCUUUUGUAUCCUGUCCUUAAUCAACUGACCAUCGGUCACUCUGAUGAAAUGGACCUCACAGUUAUCCACAGCAACAGCCACCAGAUUGGAGUCAAUGCUGCACAUAGACAAUGGUAUACCAGGUGCUGAUAAGAUGUACAAAAAGGGCAGUAUCAAAAGGCAUAUUGUUGUUGUACUGGUUUGAAGAGGUACUCACAGCAACAAAUUCACACUAGAUAAACUCACUAAAAUGGGCACCCUAAGAGGAAUGCUGACGAUCAUCAGUAAUGCAACUAUGAGGAACAACAAAGGGACACAACUCAUCCUAGCAUGCUGUUGUAUCCAUUCCUCAACUUGGCAUCACUCCAUUUUUAAGAAAAAUCUUCAGGUUAAAACAGACACUUCAGAGAUUCCUGAAAUUGGCACACCAGUUGAGUCGUGGUAUUUUGAUGUUUCUCGGUCAGGGCGAAUUAAAAUCGAAUCAAAAAUGGAUGUGCAUGUAGAGCCAAUAAAUUCACUGAAAUUUCCAGAGAUGAACAAGUUGUUUAUCAAUAUAAUGUACAUGGGACAGAAGAAGCUGAGCAGUUAUGAUAUUAAAGAGUUAUCGAAGCAGUAUGUGGUUGAUGUUGAUCUUGAGGACUUGAAUGCAGGGAUGCAUCUUAAAAUCGAGCAGAACACAAAAGCUGUACUGGAGACUCUGUGUCAUAUUAAACUGCCGCUCCAAUAUGACGUGGAGGUGGCAUGCUUUGAUCAGGCCUGUGUGUCAGUUGAACAGACAGAAGGAGCAAAGGUCAGUGUUCGGACCCAUGCUGGAGGCUGCACGCUAAAGAAUGUUAAGACGAUGACCACAGACGUGUUGACACAGGGAGGUAACAUCUCUAUCAAGAAACUUUUACAGGGAAGCGUCGACCUUACAGCCAGUAUGGAUGGGACAAUUUCUGCGGAUAGGUUGCAAGGGCCCGUGGUGCAUUGCCAAACCAACAAAGGCAGCAUAUCCGCAAAGGCCAUAUAUGCAGAAAAAGUGGCGCUGACUGCGCGCUCCUGUAAUAUCUCCAUAGAUAGCUGUCAUGGGCACUCUCUUGUGGACAUCAAACAAGGGCAUCUGACUAUUGGAACAGUCGCUGGCAGUCUCCAUGCAAAUAUUGGGUCAGGGAACACACAUAUAGGAAUGGCAGAGCCAACACAGGCACAGAUAAGUACUAACUCAGGUGACAUAGAGAUUAAGUUGUGGCAGAACGAGUCAGGAUCUGUGCGACUACAGGCUGAUCAAGUAGAUGUAGGGGACGUAACUCUGCUGCAUCGUUCCUCAGAGAAGAGAGGUGACCAGGAGCUGCUCACAGGAGAGCUUGGCAAGAAUACAGCACAAGGUGAACCAGUCAUCAUUGCAAAGACUGGGAAAGGGAAGAUCAAGCUGGGAUAUUACAACUGGCUGACCUCUCUCAGUUUUUCAAAAGGAAGAUAAAUUGAUGUUCAAAUAGGUGCUGAUGUCCAUAGAAAUCAAGACUGCUGUUCACAAAGCUGAUUCUUACUUCAGUGGCACUGAAGUGAACAUUUCACAUACAAUUUGAAUUGGGAAAUCAAAUGUUUUUCACUUACGAAAUAAUGAAAUAUAUUUGCAAUGCUUCUUCCUUUUAAACAAUUUGAAUGCUCAUAACAUUUAGGUUUUGAUUUCCACAUGUUUAAUAUUCUAGAUUUAGUCUUAGAGUAAAAGUUGUUUACAGUUAUUAAGCCUUAUCAUGGUAGAACAUUGUUUAUCCAAUUUUCAUGAUCGAUGGGUAUUUAUUAAUUGUUCUUUUUACCGUGAAAUUUGAUUUUUAUGGAUGGUUCUGUGUGGCUUAAAACUCCAAGGUUAAGUCUGUAAAAAUUGUUUGACCUUUGCAUAUUUUUUUGUUGUUAGGAUAUUGUGACUAACUGUGUACAAAAUUACAAACCAGGUAGCAAUUGUGUGUGAACAAAAACAAUGGAUAUCCAAAGUUUAAUUUUUGCACUGGGCAUGUGCAUUUUCAUAUCUUGAAAUUAAGAAUAAAAUGUCAGUUUAUAAAAUUAUUGUCCAUGCCCAAAAUAGUGAAAUCGCCCUUUAAACACAUGUUGUGCCAUUUCUGACAGUUGAAAUUAAUAUUAUUUUGUUAACAGUGUCUCGCCUUGAAGUUGUAUGUCACAGCUUUAGUAGUAAGUAAAAAAUGUCUUGAAUUUUGUAUGUUUAAUGUUAAUAUUACAUGCUUAUGAAAGAUUAACAUGUUCUUGGUUGAAUACUCCUAUUUAAUUUAUUGUUUUCUAUGUGUUGAAUAAAUGAUAGGCUCCUCA